GAACAGAGCAAAAUAGUCCGUGAAACUCUAGAACGACAAAUUCAAGUGUACAUGCGCUUUCGUAACAUUUCAACCGCCGAGGGGAUGUCUGGCCUGAUAGAACAUGUACAGGAGACGUACAACCUGGCGUUGAAAUCUGUGGGCGUAGGAUCUCUAGAAAUAACAUUUCAGUGCCCCUCCCUGGAGAGUCUUGAAGUUUUGUGGAGUGACUAUCAGUCUGGUGACCUUAAUGACGUUGCUGAGAGAUACCUUGUGACAGAUGACAUAAAGAAGAAACUGAACUUGAAGAAUCUGACGUUGAAGACAACGAUUGAAGAUGAAAACUACCGGAUUUGCAAGAUGAUUUUAAUGGAGAAACCAUGUGAGUUUGGAAUUCGUCUUUUGUAAGCAAAUUAAUUGACUGCAAUUUAAACUUAAACUUAUUGAAAGCUGAAAUCAAUAAUCUGGAAAUAAAUUAGUCAAUACACGUUUCUAGUAGAGUACCAGAGAGUACACUAAUUUUACCUGCUGUGAGUUCGUUCUGGAACAGUACAUUUACACCAGAUAAAUUUAUAAUGCACAUUUGCUAUUUCAUUCUGUGUUAGCAGUGUUACCACUUACCAGUAAGUCACCUUUAGCUGAAUCAGAUCAAGAGACAGCUUCACCACCAAUUUACACAAGCACGGAUGUUUGUGGGGUAGGCUGUUCUUUACUUGAGAUAAAGAAAGAAAACAACUGUAGAACACUGAGCGGAGCGUCUUGGCUAAUUUAACUUAGCGGUUUUUAGUGAAAGCUAAUGAACAGAUGUCAUCACAUCAGUGUUCUCUGAAUAACACCGUUAUUGAAUGUCAUGGGUUGCAAUUUCAGUGCAUUUUUAUGUCCACCCAAUUCUGGAGAAACAAUAGCUCCGUUAAAGUAUAAUGGUUUUCUGACCCAGUUCCAUUAGACAAAGUUGAAAAGUAUAAAGGGUUGUUAGGUAGUUUUUUAUAAUUUUGAACUGUACGGCACGGGGCGCAGAGGAGUUAUUUGCGACCUCGAUUGUUUCAAGAUUGUAGUUAGAUGUUACAGUUGAUACCACACAUCGCCUUUGUUUUUAUACUGUUAAAUCGAGCAAACUGCCAUUAUCCAUUCCAAUGUUCCGGAAAAGUGCUGAAGGUAAUGACUGCAGACGAAUAACACCGAAAAACCACCAGACGUCCCCCCCGAAAGGGAACGUUCUUUUUCACCGAGCAUUGGAUAAUAUUUUACCAGGUUUGUAACACAAGGGCAUGACGGUUUGAUAGGUCAAGUUCAUAUCGAUUCUUCAGUAAACAAAGGCGAAUCACGCUAUCAACUGUAAAAUUUAAUUGCAAUCAAGGUCACAAAUAACUCUUUUGCGCCCUGUGCUGUACGGUAGUACAUAAUGAUGUGGUUAAUUAAAACAGGAAAGUAGUUGACGUGUUAGGAAUGGUUACUGGAUCUGGCAGAAGAGCUGCCAGAUUCUCUUCUUGGUUUCAGGAUUUUUAUCUCUGUUUAUUAUUAUUAUAUUGAUCUUGGAUGGAAAAAAGUGCUUUUUAGUUGGUUCAGUUCAAGGUACACACAUAUUGUGAUUAUCUGGGAGUCAAUUAUUUAGGUGGCCAUCAUGUUAUCAGGGUAAAUAUUAACCUACAAAGGGUGGGAGGGCUAUAAAAAAUUCCAGACACAUUAAUGAGGGUGGCUUUGAAAAUUUGCCGAAACCAAGGAGGAGAUCAGUCGUUUGUAAGGUGUGUGAAUACACGAAGGUCUUGGCAGUCAAAUUUUGCUUUUAGACGUGCCUCUUUUAAAAAAUAACUUUCGGCUUUUAAAAUAUUGCAGAUCUGUUUUUAAAUAUAAUUUUACCAUCCUAGGACAAGAAACUGGUCCUGACCCCCAUGGAAAGAGCUGAGAAGGCAAAGGUAAGUGUCAUAUUUUCGCUUGCCUUUCACUUGUACGCGUCAUCCUUACCAUCUGAGAGUCUGGAACAAGCUUAAGUAAGCUCUGUGAGAUAUUGUGCAUUCCAGUUAAUGGAAGGUUUGAAAAUGUCAAAUUGGUAACUCAGUGGACAGGAUUGUAGGGACCAAUCAUUUGACUUUUGAUGGAGGGUAUGGGUGAUUCAGAAAAAAGCAUCCUCCAGACUGAUUUCGAGCGAAAAAAAAUCUUGCAUAGAAACGCCUGCCCUACAAUGGCCUUGUAUGUCAGGGGAAAAAAUCUAUCAUCAGUGGUUUUGAAAAAAGAAUUCUUGCGCAAACCAAAUCACCUAUAUCCCUCCCCCCCUCUCUCAAAAGGCAAAUGAUCUGCCCCUUAUUUAGACUUUCUCAAAUCCCGUCUCCAGUUUCUGUGGUUUGGUGUCUGUCGACGCUCACGUAGUCGACUUGUGGCAAGUCUAAAGUUUAUGGUGAGUUUCAGCGUUGUUAUUUUCCACUAUAUAGUGGCGAACCCUUUUACAGCAGAACGGCCUGGCUGACUUUUGCUUAGGAUUUGGUGAUUAUCUCUGGUAUCAAUAUAGAUACAAGUAGUAUAGUUAGCGGGAUAGGGAAAUCCUCGGAAAAGCAGCGAUAAAUAUGCUCAGAAGCGAGGGUUGUCUGUUAUGACGUGACAGACAACCCGGUGUUAGGCAAGUAGAGUGAAGGAUUUACUCUCGGGUUAAAGGAUCUGUUUUUGAAACCGGUGUCGAGAGGCCCCUUACACAAGGCUGCUAUCAGUGGACAAUACGAGACGGUCAAAAUGCUUCUUAAAAGUGGUGAAAAUGUGGAUCAAAGAGAUCAGGUUUUAGUCAUCUCCAUGUAACUUUAUUGUAAUGUUUAGCCGGAACUCUUGCCUUCGCUUCGCUCAUGGAUUCUCGAAUUCUUUUCUCGUGUUGGCUGUGAAGGAUUGAGGUUUCGCGAAGGCUUCCGCGCGGGGUCAUAUAGCAGCUGCUCGGAAUAGAGGUCGCCAAUGGUGCAUUCCCCUGACCCCAAUAAUACUAAAACAAUUGAAAGAAUUACAUGUCAUUGUUUCCUGCGACCAAUCAGGAGCGAUCUCUCUUCCGAGCAGCUGCUACACUACCCUCCGCGCGAGGUAGAGUUUAGAGGGUGGGGAGGAGAACUGGAAACGAGAGCGUACACGAAAGCCUUUGAUUGGUUGUCACGACAGGUGCCAUUAUUGUAACGUGACAGUUAUGAACGGAUUUAUCUUUUAAAAGCCAGUAGUUGUUGAUAGUUUCAGCCAACUCGGAUUCUCUUUCAUUCCUUGUAUCUAUUAACUAAGCACGAAACAUUCCUCUCGAAAGGACUUUACUAAAACAGGGAACGACCUCGGGGGGACAGGAAAAAAGGGAGAAAAAAAAAUGAGACUCAGACAUUGCUUCCAUAUUUCAUUUUGCAGUUCUCCUCCCCCAUCUCUCGUUUUACGAAAGAUUUUGGGCAAUUUUUAUGUCGUUCUGCGUAUGAACAACUUGAUAUUAAAGUUUACAAUUGGGUAACUUUUGAAUUUGAUUUGUUUGAACCCAAAUGCCUCAACUGAGUCUUGCCAAAAGUAGGUAGAAAGGGGUCGCGUUGGUGAUUCUAGUCCAGAAUGGGGCUGAUUCUUGACGCUGACAGUCAUUUCGACAACUUCUGCGCCAUUCAAGAAAAAACCCUGAUGAUGACUUCCACACAGAUUAUUGAAACAUCGGUUACUGUCCCCAGCCAUGCUGUUCUGAACUACAACCACCAGGACGGUCACUUUCAAUCCGCUUAAAUAUAAAUUGUUAAAAGUUAUUGAGUUUUAGUUUUAGUUUGAACUUUUUAAGACCUUUUUCUUUCCUGCUCCUUAAACCUUAUCUAACUACGUUGUACUUUUUUGGUAGUUUUCUUUGACUCCUCUUCAUCGAUCUUGCCUGUUGGUACGGACAAAAAACUGUUGUCAAUCUGUUGUUGAAACAUGGUGCAAACGUCAACGCUGAAGACAAGG